AUGGACAAGUCCCCGGACCCCAACCCCGUGAUGACGGAGACCCCCAUCCCCCGCUCGUCCCAGGACAUCACCCCCGCGGACAGCGUGAUCGAGGCCAGCCACCUGCAGCAGCGACGCAACUCCUACAGAGGGCUCGAGUCUGAGGACGGCAUGUCGACUCUGGGAGGCCGCCGCGGGAUGAGGCCUAAAAUGAUGAUGCCGUUUGAUGCCCAGCCGCCUCAGCCGGUCAUCUCAGCUCACCCCAUCCACUCCCUGGACUCGCUCCAGCCUCAGCACUACCACAGCCUGGCCUCGCCCACGCGCACCUACCUGUACCACCCCCAGGCCAGUGGAGGGCGCUACCACCCCUGUGCCUCCCCCAUCGCUCACCUGUCCCGGGGCGAGUCUAUAGAGUCGGUGAGGAACACGCCGUGCUCGGACGCCCCUCCCCCGGCCUCCUCGCAGCUCUCCUCGCAGCUCUCCUCGCAGCUCUCCUCGCAGCUCUCCUGUCCCUCGGAGAUCACGGUGGACCCGGAGGGGAGCUACCACGGCAGCACCACGGAGGAGGAGGGCAGCUAUAGCGGCAGCCUGGCCCCUCUGUGCCCGGUGCACGCACACGCACACCCGCUGAAGAGCUUCGCAGUCCCCGCCAUCCCCCCGGGAGCCCACCCCUCCUACGAGAACCCCGCCCUGCCCUGCACGCCCCUGCUCACACAGAGCGGCGCUCCCAGCCACCCCCACGUGGUGAAGACGGCCUCCAUCGGGACCCUGGGCCGGACGCGGACCCCGAUGAUCGUGACGGUGCCCAACGCCCCGGACGUCCCGGAGACCAGCCGGAUGUUGGAGGACGUGGACAGUAGCUACGAACCCGACGAGCUGACGGAGGAGAUGGCCCACCUGGAGGGCCUCAUGAAAGACCUGAACGCAAUCACCACCGCGCCCUAG